CGGCCGGGCCCGCGCCAUGAGCAUCGAGACGCUGCUGGAGGCGGCGCGGUUCCUGGAGUGGCAGGCGCAGCAGCAGCAGACCGCACGUGAGGAGAAUGAGAAGCAUGAGAAGCUCUGCCUGGAGAGGGAGCAGGAGCAGAAGAAGGCGGGCAAGGCCAGCGUGCCACGGGCCAACAGCACCCUGUCCCCAGAGGAGCCCCGGAGCGAACUGCUGGUGCCCAUCUCGCCCCCGGGCGCAGUGCCCCUGCCGCCGCCGCCCCUGGCAGCUCCCAUUUCAGUCAUUCCCAUCCCCGUGGUCACCAGCUCCCCCCAGCAAGCCGCGCAGACCGCCCUGUCGCCGCCGCUGGUGCAGCGCCACCAGCCCCUCGUAAGCACUCCCAGUGUCCCCAAGGAAGCGCCCUCGGUGGCACCGGUGAUCCAGCGGCCGCCGGGGCCGCACCUGCCGGACGGGAAGGCGGCCACGCCGCCCUCGGGCAGCCCCAAGCAGCUGCCGCACUACACGGCGCCCGUGCUGGCCAUCUCCCAGCACCAUGUGGUGCCGCAGCCCAUCCAGCCCCUGCAGCACCCGGCAGCGCCCGCGCCCCUCGGCGCCCUCAAGCUGGCGCCGGCUGACGACAUGAAACCCAUCGAGCUCAAGAAGAGAAUUGGAGGGGUUGGGACCAGGGAAGUACAUAAUAAAUUGGAGAAGAACAGACGUGCUCAUUUGAAAGAGUGCUUUGAGACAUUAAAGCGCAACAUCCCCAACGUGGAUGACAAGAAGACCUCAAACCUCAGCGUCCUCAGGAGUGCCUUGCGAUACAUCCAGACUUUAAAGAGGAAGGAAAAAGAAUACGAACACGAGAUGGAGCGGCUGGCGAGGGAGAAGAUCGCCACGCAGCAGCGGCUGGCAGAACUGAAGAACGAGCUGAGCCAGUGGAUGGAUGUUUUGGAGAUUGACAGAAUUAUUCGACAGACAGUUCAGCCAGAGGAUGACCAGGCAUCUACCUCGACAGCAUCAGAGGGUGAAGACAACAUGGAUGAAGAUAUGGAAGAUGACAGGCCAGUGAACUCAUUACCAAAACUCACCCAGCGCCAGCACCCAGAGCUGCUGAAAGCCGUCCCCCCCAGUGCUGCUCCCCCCCUGCCCACGGUCCUGCCCCCACACGUGUCCAUCCAGCAGAAGCCCCACGCCCAGCCCUCCCUGCAGACGCAGGCACUGGUCCCGCCGCAGGCGAUCGUCCCCGCACAGACUCACAUCGUGGCGGCCUCGACCGUGCAAUCGACUGUUAUCGCCCACACGGCCACCACCCACGCCUCGGUCAUCCAGACUGUCAACCACGUCAUUCAGGGGCCACAGACCAAGCACAUUGCUCACAUUGCACCUUCCACGUCCAGCCCCGUGCAACUCACCACUGCUGCUCAGCCCAUCGGCCACAUCACUGUGCACCCGGCCACCAUCAACCACAUGGCCCACCUGGGCCCACAGCUGCCCAUCUACCCCCAGCCCGUGGCCGUCAGCCAGCCCGUGGUGAGCCACAUCGCCCACACCAUCUCGCACCAGCAAGUGAACGGCACGGCGGGCCUGGGCCAGCCGGCCGUGAUGGCCAAGCCGGCCGUGGGAACCCAGGUUGUCCAUCACCCGCAGCUGGUGGGCCAGACGGUCCUAAACCCCGUGACUAUGGUGACCAUGCCGUCGUUCCCGGUGAGCACGCUGAAGCUGGCCUAGAGGGGACGCUGCACGGCGAGGUCUUGUUGGGAACCUUUCCUAAGGAAACUCCGUACAUUCCAACCACGCCCGGCCCGGCGGGAGGAGGCGCGGAACGCCCAGGGCAGGGCGGCGGGGCCGGGCUGUGCGGGUGCCCGGGCUGUGCAGGUGCCCAGGCUGUGCGGGUGCCCGGGCUGUGCAGGUGCCCGGGCUGCCCCCGUACCCGGCCUGUCUCAGUGCCCAGCCUGCCCCCGUGCCCAGCCUGCCCCAGCACCCAGCCUCCGCCGGGACGGGGCUGCGCCGCGCUCGGGGCCGCGCCGCUGAGAGACUUCAAAGACAGUUGUUCAUGGUGAUUUUUUUUCCUUUUAUGUGUAAUGAGUGAACUAUGGAUAUGAUGUUCUUAAGACUUUAAUUUCGCCCUCUUAUGUGUUGCUUCUUUGUAGAAUAAAAAUUGCUGAUCUCUUUAUUGAGACAUUGCGUAGAAUGGGAAAAAAAAAUCAUAGAAGUCUAUAUUUAUAUAUAUGUGUGUAUGUGUGUGUAUAUAUAUAUGUAUAUACAUAUAUAUAUAAAUAUAACAUUUGAAGGCCUUUUGUAAGGUUGAUUAUUUUGCAGGAUUAUGAGACAAAAUUCAUUUUUGGAGGAAGAAGCCAGAGUGUCCUCUCUAAACAAGAAACUAUAAGAUAGAUGGUUUGGUGGACCAGAGUACAGUGACAAAAAACCCCCAACAACAAACCACGAGUCAAACCAUGUUAAAGGUAUUUCCCAUCAAUAUAUUACAUUUCAAAAACCAUCUAAAAUCACUGUGACUUGUUAUGGCAUUUUAAGGAAAUUCUCUGUCCUGUCUAAUAAAAGGAAAAAGAAUACACAACCA